AGUGCGAUAGAGAGGGGAGGGGUAGUUUUACAGUGAGAGCUCGCAUAGGAAGAGAGGAGGGGAAAAGGAAGGACAAAAACGACUGGGAGAAGAAAAGAGGGAGCAUAGUGGCCUGUUUGUUUUCUCUUUAUGCUGCUUUGAAUAGCGGUUACACUGUAGAGCGGUUUCUACUGUAGAGCACUUUGAUUUGAAUAUUUCACGGAGCGGAUCUGCGAGCGCUUUGCAUGCUGUUUGAGUUUGAGCAGAGACAGACAGACAGACGGACAGACGGAGCUCAGAGCUGAGCUCUACAGAGAGCAGCACGCACUACUCACUCACAGGGACACGUGUUGAGCGCUUUGUGCCUACUUCACUCUAUUCUACCAGCAGCGGCGGUGAUACCCAACUAAACAGGCUCCGUAAGUUACUUAUACAGUGUUUCUGAAUCCAGGGUGCCGCUAAAUGCAGAGCUGUUUGGUCAGACGGACACAUUAGACACUAGCUGGCAGAUCUUCAGGUGGUGUUUUUAAAUCACGUAGCACUGAGGAGCUCAUCAAACACGGCGAGGAAAACCCAGCAGACGAGUUCAAACCAUUAUUCUGUGGACUAUGGCGGCGGUAACUAGUCCAGAAUCGAGCCCCCAGCCUCGGGUUUACUUCCAAACACCUCCCGGUACCGAAGAAACCGAGACGCCGGUUAGAAAACAAGGACGAGUGACGGUUAAAUACGACCGAAAGGAGCUGAGAAAGAGACUCAAUCUGGAGGAGUGGAUCAUAGACCAGCUAACGGAGCUGUACGACUGCGAGGAGGAGGCCAUUCCUGAGCUGGAGAUUGAUGUUGAUGAGUUAUUGGACAUGCAGAAUGAUGUAGAUCGUGCUGCACGUGUUAAGGAUCUGUUGGUAGACUGUUACAAACCUACUGAAGACUUUGUAUCCGAGUUGCUGGAUAAAAUUCGCGGGAUGCAGAAGCUCAGCACUCCUCAGAAGAAAUAAAGCUCUUCCAGUGCAGCCCCUCCUAAGACACCUCCCCAACUCCUCCUACACCUCCUCUCCCACUGUGGUCAUCCACCUGCCAACAGGUGCUUAACCAACCAUAGGCCUGCAUCUCCAUCUUGCGGGGAGAAGGAGGGGGAGGAGGGAGUGUGGUCAUGGGAGGCUCUAGCCAAUCAGAUUCUUAUAAGCAGGGCUUAUUUUUUUCUUUGUGAACUGUAUGGAAUUUUAUUUUUAUUUUUUUGUAAAAGGGGGAAAGACUUUGUAGUGUUUUUAAGCAUUUGUAGAAAUGCAUUAUGUUUUUACACGUAUAACUAUUUCAGGUGUUAGGAAGUUGUGUUGAAUUUUCUUUUUUUUUUUUCUCUGAUGCAAUACUUUGUAUGUGUCCCUAGUGACCACAUUCACUAUAAGCUUGCUGUUUGGAGUUGACAGUCUAUGCUAUGACCAUUAAUGCGCAAUAGUAAGUUUGGAAGAGAUGUGAAAGAAGCGGCCUUGUCCCUUUUUUUUUAAUGUAUUCCUCCUAUUUCUUUGAUCUUGUAUGUAUCACACAAUGUGCAAGGGCUUUGCUAUAUAGACCUUUUAUUUGUAGUGGAAACAAUGCAGAAAUGGGAGAGGAGAGGGGGUCUGUGGUAAAGUGGGUGUGGAAAAUUGAAGCAGAUUUUUUUCAGUGUAACUGAACUUCCCUUUAGACAUGCAAACAUAUACACAUAUAAGAUAAACACACAUGUUUACACACACACGGGUAUCCCUACCCUCAGGGAUCAGUGAAUACACACCAUUACAUACCACAGUUGUGGUUAUCAGUCCACACACAUGCAAAGCCACCCUUAUGCAAAGAAGUAUAUUUACAUAUAUUUUUAAAAUGUGUGUCAGUUUUGAAAUUGAUAUGUAUGGCUGCUUUUGGCAUAUGCAAGUAUUAAACAUUGUUAAUACUGAGUUAUUCUAAAUGUGCAUCUUUUUCAAAAUAUGCACAUACAUGAAUAUAUUGGCAUAUAUUUCAAUAGAAUAUGUCAUAUGUUUCAACAAACUAGGCAAAUUUAAAUAAAUUGAACCCAUAGUGACAUAUUUUGCACAUACAUGUUUAAUAUGGGAAAAUAUAUGUACAUAUAUUUUUGUUCCAUAUAGGGAGAAACAGUGGAUGAAGUGUAAGUUAGUAGGGUGGAGAUUUAUGGAGAAGAGUUUAAAAACACUGCCAGUUCAUCCUCACACAAUUAAUCCUUUUAAGUAAUUCUGUGAAAUCAUCUUCACCAAAAAGCCAUCUGCGCCCUCCCUCACAGCCAAUCAAAUACAACAGAGGGCUAAUGGGGCUCAUUUGCAUAUUCUGUGAUUUUGCAUUCACAUAUUUUACACAUUUAUUACAUUCACAUUUUACAAUCUGUCUGUGUGUGUUAGUCGACUGAAGAUGCUUCACAUACACCAUUACCCAUUAACAUAAAUAAAGUCCCAUACAUAAAUGAGCACCAGAAGGCAGGGCUGGACAAUAUGGCAGAAAUACUAGAAGAGACAUUUUCAUGAUGCCUUCAAAUGCGUCACAAUAUUUUGUUUAUCUAGGGCUUGAAAAGUUGGAAAAGGCAUGAUGCACCAACGGUACUACAUUCAGAUCUGCACUAUGAAUGUUUUGUUAAAAUUGAAAGCAGUAGCAUUAUUGAGGCUAAAAUAUAUUGCCCAUGUGUUGCUGUGAGUCACUCUGCAAAGCAAGGAAUCAUGUCAUUUAUCUCUAUGUAUUAACGUCACCCAUACAGUCUCAAAAGGAGGCUCAAUGUUUAGGUUUCAGAUGCAAAGUCAACAGUAUACUGAUGAAUAUCUGAUGACAUAGUAGAUAAUCACAACCUACAUUGUUGGAGAAAUGUCCUUCACCAAUUUUUGCCUGAGCUACUCAGUCAAUUACUCAUUCAACAUGUUUACAAGCGUCAGAUUCAUCCCCUAGUGGAACGGUCCACAGCUGAUGUUGCGAAAUGUUCUUCCACGUGUGUGCAAUUACACAUUUCCACCAGAGAGAUCUCCAAAUCCCCCACAUUUACAGCUUUAAACCUGAUAUUAAAACUGCAAAAAUAAUAUUCUCACAUUGUCAGGUGUCAAAUCCCCUGACAGUCAAGCUAAACCAGCUGUGCCACUUGGAACAUGCAGUUGUUCAGUUUUACUGCUGAUAUCCACAAUAUACACAGAAAACCUUAUCAUGGUGUAAUUUAUCAUGACAACAAACUCAUAUUGGCCACCCCUACUGAAAAAGUCCAACAUGCUGUCUAGUAGUGAUGACAGAUGAUUGUAGUGAUUACAGGCUGAUCUGGAGUCAGAUACAGCGCAAGAAGAACAAGACAGUCGGUCACUUCAACCACACAGCUCCUCUAUCUUUCCUUCUCUCCCUCUCAUUGUUAAUCCCACUUGCUCUUUCUCUUCUUUAGGGCCCCAAUAGUCUCCCUCCUCCUACAGUUUCUCCCUCUUUACAGCACUCUUCCAGAAAGAAUCACUCCCUUUUCCCCCUUUUUUAUAUCAGAUGUUGCCUUAGGUCAUAUACGUGUUACACAAACCAAAUAAAUUGAGGCAUUCAUUUUGAAGAGCAUAUAAAAAUGUAAAAACGGAAACCUUUGAGCUUCAGGAUUUCAAGCAUCCUUGUUGUACUUUCUUAGUUUCUUUUCAAUUAUCCUGUUUUCUAGAAAAUAAAGUUGACUAGACUUAACAGACCAAUUUUCUAGAUGCAGAUUUUUAUUACUGUGUACUGUACCUGACAGUGCUGUUGAUUUCUCUCCUUUUUCUUACAAAAGCAUGACAGAAAAAUAUACAAUUAACUGAAUUUCAUAAGAAGACACAGGAUGUAUUAGAAAACUUAGGCACCUGAUAUUAGUCUGUGGUCGAAUGUCAUCUUUGGAAAAAGAAUUAUAAGAAGAUGUAGCAAUACUAAAUGUCCUGUUCUCCCAGUUUUGUUACACUUUUAUGCAACUUUAAUAAAAACAUCUUAAAUACCA